GGUUGGUUUGUCUUUUUAGUGGAGAGAUGUGUUAUUUUGCCCUGCUUUCCCUGUUUGUACAGUAAGAGAUAAGGCCCAUAUUAUGUAAACAAUCAGACAAUAUGUGGUGAACUGGAUCUAUUGAUACUAACUGGGACAGCUUUAUCUUGGGAGGAUGCCUGGGUGGGAGGAGAUCCCUGGCUGGAAUGAGUGCAGAUGAUGCCAACUUCACCUUGGAGAUAAAGUUUGUUCAGGCUUGCAUCAAACUCUUGGGCAGGAAUCCAGAGGUGAGGCACCUCUCUGCUGUGUCCCGUGAGGUUCCUGGGGUUAGACAUCCAUUCAAGAAGGGCUCCAGUGCAUGGGCAAGACACUGCAGCUUAAUGAGCCACAGAAAGUUGUCUGUUGGUGUGCUGGGGGAGUGCAGCCUCCUGUGAAGGAGGUUUAGGUUCUACAGGCUGUGCCAAAAGCAGGUUUGUGGCCUGGGACAUCAAAGUGUGUCCCUCCUGAACGGGUGCAUGCUUGUGUGUUCACAGGGGGCUGCUGGCACCACGUUGAACUUGCCUUCAGUGGUUACCUGAAACAGGAUCCACCUGUAAAACAAACAGAGCAGCAGUUACAGAACCCCCAAACCCUGCUUGCUUUUGUGCAGGGUUGAGAUCAAGCGACCCGAGCCAGCCUGUGCUAAUGCACUGUCUGUCCUGGCUGGGCGAGCUCCAGCUCCUGGGAAGGGACUUGGUGCUGCUUUGUGCCUCUGCUGGCCUGGCCUGGAGGGUGUUUGGGUCUCUGCUGGAGGCACAGGUCUCCUUGCAGCCUUCUGAAACCCUGCAGGGUCCUGAGCACCACCAGACACACCUGGGGCAGUGUGUGCAGUGUUUGGUCCCUGCACUCCCUAAGCCCUGUGCCACCCCUCAGCCCGUAGGCAGCAAUCCUGGGAAGGAUCUGAUGGUUUAGGAAGCAUUUCCCAAUGUGUCUGCAGUGUGUGGACUCACAAGUGCUCGCAAGCUCUGCUUGCGUUUCUUUCUUCCCAAGAAGUUUUCCUCUGGGCUGCCAAUCCUUGCCCACCACAGCCUGAGCCAGCCCUGCCUCUUCCUUGCUCCCCAGCCCCUCCAAACCCAGACCACCACUGAAAUCAGCUGGUUUUGCCCCUGGGGCAGUGGGAGCUCCUGGGCCUGGAGUGCUGCUGAGAUGCUCUGCACCUCCACCCUCUGAGCCAGGACUGCUCUGCAGCCCCCUCCUCACUCAGCAGAGCCCCCCAGGCCAGCACAACCCCUCUGAUCCCUGCAAAACUGGCACAGUCUGCCCUGGGGAUCUGCAGGAAAGGCUGAACACAAACAAAGUCGAUGUGUCCUGGGUUUGCUCAGCAAAUGGUGUGUGCUGCCCUGGGAGAGGAGUGUUUGCCUUGGCUGCAGCGCUGGCUCCGUGCACAGGUGAAAUGUUCCUGGACCAAAGUGCAGCCUGGGCAGCAGGAAUCCAGCACUGGGACAACAAACACGUUACGCCAGCAGCUGUGAAAGCAAAACCUGUGUCUGUGCCCAGCUGUGUGUUAACCCUUCUGUGGGCAGCAUUUCAGCCUGGAAACGUGGCUGCUGCCUCUCUUACCAGCUGGUCUGCGGCCUCCAAAGAUGAUCCCCUCGAUGGGAACGCCCUCGGGAGACUCCCAUGCAGGAUCCAUGAUGGGGCACUGCCUGGCUGGGGAGCAGAACCUGGAGUUGGGCAUCGAGCCUCUGACAGCAACCCACACCAGAUGCUUCAAGGAAAUCCUUGGAGCAGAAAAGAUUUACAACUAAACCUGCUAUACUGUAUUUCCAUUACCAGUUCCUGAUGGAGAGGCCUGGGGCUAUCUGGUUGAGGACUUUAAGUAAUGGUUCAACAUUGUAGCAGUGCAGAAAAUGAAGAUUUAAGUUUUGAACUAAGAAGUUGAUUUGGACUCCUUAGAAAAUUUAACGCCCAAGAGGAAUUGUUAUCUGAGCUGGGAAAAAAGUGCACAGGAACCCACUGCUCUUCUGAACCCACCAACAACCUCCCUACUGCUGAUUUUGCAAGGUUUAACGUGGACUUGCUGCACAUCCACGUGGAAGCAGAAUUUGAACUCCUCUGGGUUUUUGGUGGUCUCUGAAGAAAUGCUUCAUAUUUGUGAAAGUGGGACACCAAAGGAACAAGGAACACCAGAAAAUACAGCAAAAAUUCUUCAACCAUUUAGUGACAGCUUCAAGACCUGAGCAACGUUUAAAGGAGCCAGAUGAAUUAGAAGGCUGUAAAAGUAUCUCUGCUUUCUCUGAAGCAGGUGAUGGUGUGAAGGAGGUUAUCUGGUGCUGUCAUUAUUGAGAGGGGCAAUAUCUCACUGCAAAAGAGGUGCUGAAGGUAGUGGUUGUCCCUGGGGUAGGAGCAAAGGGAAGGCGUGCGUGUUUGCAGCCUGGUGCUAAGGCGCACACACCGCUGACAGGUGCGGCGCGAACGCGACACAUACUUGGAAACAAAAGUGAGACAUUGGUGGAAAGUGAAAAUGGAAAGCUUUCCAGAUGCCAGGUGGGAAAUGAUAUUAAAGCUGUCAAAAUAAGUCACAACAAAGACUGGGUUUUCUCCUAGACUAACAGGAGUCAUGUUCUGGAGAGGAAUGGAGGUUUCAACUACAAGGUGGAGUGUCCUAAAUGAAACAAUUAUGAGCAUUGGAAGUUAAAUUUGAACCUAUUUGUUUUGGGGUUUUAUGCUUUGGUCUCUUUAUUUUUUCUUUUUCUCUUUCAAGUGCACUGCAGCAUUCCUGAUUUACUCUACAGUUUGUGGACAGGUCAAAAAUGUGUAAAUAAAUCCCACUGUCAUUGCUUCACAUAGUUAUCUAUUCUGGGCCUAAUUCCAAGCCCUGUUAAAUUGAUGGCAAUCCUUCCAUUGGCAUUGGAGGACUGCAGUUUGGAACCUGUGAUAGAGGUGCAAAGCAUCACCAGAGAGGAUGCAUAAACAGCCUCUGCAGUCAUCCAAAGUGAGUUUCUGAAACACAGGAAGGGAAGCAAACCUCAAACUACAUUCAAGGUCAAAUAUGCUUUAUGUAUAUGGUAAUGGAGCUUUUAAAAAAGUCAGCUCCACCUAACAAGCAUUAAACAUCUUUAAUAUUAUAAAAGACAUUAUUCAGAUUUAAGACUGACAACCUGAACAUAUAACCCAGUAUUUUACUUCUUUAAAAAAAAGCUGCACUGUUUGUACUUGGGUAGAAAACUGCAGAUCAGAACAAAUAUUGCUGUGUUUCCUUAGUGCAGCCAAGGAAACUCUGCUGAUUGAGGAUUUUACUUGUCCGUGUAUUCACUUUCAUGCACUGGUAGAUUCUUAUCAGCAAUUUAUCUGCAAUUUUGUGACUGAAUUUUGUUUCUUUGUGUAACAUUACUUUAGCACAAGAAAAUGUGCCUACAUUAAAUUCUUUACGUUCCUUAUGAAAUACUCCUGACAAACAAUAAUUCACUUGGAACGUUUACCCCCCAAAGUAUAAUUAUGACUUAAAAUAUAAAACGGCUCUCUAUUCUUUUCGUGAUAGACUUUUCAUGCAGGCUGUUGAUGUGUUAGAAAGAACCAGACUCCCAGAGGAGUGGGUAGAAGCUUGAUUGCAGCUAGAGAUAGACAAUGCAGCAGCAGCAGUAACUGGAGACUGUACACAACACACCAUAAUGGCCAUUAUGGAGCUGUUAACCUCUAGUGUGUCAAAACCUACUCAGAAACUGGUUGAAUUCAUAGAUUGCUGAUCCAAGUGGUUCCUUUAAAUUCAGCAAAAAAUGAACUGAAGGGUUAUUCUGCAUUUGAGCUAUAAAUCCUUGGAAAUAUCGGUUAAUAGCGGAAAUAAUGACAGACCUUUGCUGUACCUGCAUGGAUGGUGCUGGUAUUAAUAAUGCAGAAGUGCAAGGCAGGACAGCUCUUAGAAUUUGAUGACUGUUGAAGCGCAGAAAACCUCAUUAAAAUAACCUAAAGGAUGUUGUAUUAUUAUAAAAACUUUUUUCCUACAGUGCCCUUCAGCUAUCAUAAUUGCACAGUAUACGGAGCGACUUGAAAAGAUUUAGAAAUGUGUAAGAAGUAAAAUCUCUGGCCACAGUUACUGGCAGCCUAAUUAUGUGAAUAUAUUGUGUACUCUGCAUCCUGUUCUUUAGUUUUGAGAGCCCAUGGAUUCGUGGAUCAUGAAUAAUGUGGUGUCUAAACAAAAUAUCAGCACUAAAUUGCUGGAAUAGAUAUUCAGCCUUGACUAAUUGCUUUGGAUUUGUGUUGAUUCCAAGCAGAAGAAUAGUUAUGACUAACUUGCAGUUGUUAAAUGUAAACAUGGUGUAUUAUUUUUGCAUUUAAGAUUUUGCAGAACUGUGGAUAAGAGUGUUUAUUGUCAAGGGCGUUUAUGGGAUUUUCAGAUGAUGUCUCUGAGGAUGAGGUCCAACAACCCCACCUCAUGUGAGGGUACCACUCCAAGGCCAGUGGUGUGGGCUGCUGUUUGUGCUACAGAUAUUUUACAAAUGCCACUUGUAGUGGAUUACCUAAACAGAUAAGGAAAACCACCACUUGUUUUGGGGCUUUGAUUAGUGUUCAGUAAUUGAGUUUAACAGGACCUAGACCACACUGGACUGCAGUCCGUGUGCAAUGUACUGUACCCUGCAAUGCACGGAGCUAAUAUUUAGAGGUAAAGCUCCAAAUGUCUCCUCUGCACUGGCAUAUAAUAGAGCAUUCAAAGUAAGUGGGUUUUAUAAAAUGUUUGAUGGCUGGAAAUUACUAGUCUAGAAGGGUACACAAGAUUAAAUGUUAAGUCACUCAAACUGUGCAAGUUUACCUCAAAGGCAUUUUCACAAUGCCUUUGGAGAAGUCUUUCAACUUGUUCUCACUGAAUAACCAAUCCUGGCCUAAGGUACAGUGUAAUGAUGCUUAUACAUAGCUCCACCGCCUCUGCAAAGCCACUUGAGCCAAUUUUGUACAACACUUCUGUGGCUGCAGCAUCAGGCGGCCCUUCAGCGCCACUCCAGCGCAGGCUCCUGCCUGGAGGCUUUCUGUUGCAGAAGCAUGGCAAGUGCUUCAGAUAGUUCUCAAGUGGGGAAACCAACUGAGCUCGGCCCCGUGGUCUCCAGCCAAGUGGGAGCAGAAGGUUAAGGACCUACAAUUAAGGCUGAGAGAUCUUCGUCUUCACUGAGAGGGCGAGGAAAUGGCAGCUGCUCUGCCAGGCCUUGCCGUGUGUGGGGACCAAGGAGCGCCGGGCACUCGGUGCAUUGGCAGGGAAACCUCGGCAGGUUCGGGGCUUUGUGUUUUGUAGGGAAUUAACAGGAGAGAAGCAGCUGUUCCCUAAAGCUGCUACCACGAGUGGGGUCCCACUCCAGCCGCUGCUGAGGGAGCGGCACGGGGAGGCCAUGCCGAGGUGCACGGCAGGCGCUGAGCCCCAUCCCUGCCGCCUCUCCUCGAGGGGCAGCCCGGGCACAAUCGCCCAGCAGCCCUGGGGAACCGCAGCGGCCGUGAGAGGCCUUGGGCCGGGGAGCCCUGGGCGAGGAGGGGGCGAGCGGCGUCCGAGGGCUCAGCAGGGCAGGGCUGGGCCUCAGCGGCGUGGUUUGCCCUCGUGUUUAACCUCGAGGAUCGCUCGGCAGCGUGCGGGGCCUCAGGGCUGCAGGGAAACCAAGGCUGGCAGAGGAAAGGGUGACGAGGCCAGGCUGACCCAAACAGAGGAGAGGAGCAGAGCCGGGGACCGCAGUGCGGACGGAACACGGGACCGCCGGAGCGGGUCCUGUCUCCUGAGGAGGGUGGAGACACCGAGCCACUAUUGGGGUGUGAAGGCAGCAGGACGGGCAGGGAGCCCGCAAGGCCCAGGCUGGGCGCUGUCUCCCGAGGAGGGUGGAGAACACCGAGCCACUAUUGGGGUGUGAAGGCAGCAGGACAGGCAGGGAGCCCGCAAGGCCCAGGCUGGGCGCUGUCUCCCGAGGAGGGUGAAGAACACCGAGCCACCCUCGGGAUGUAAAAAGAGCAGGACGGGCAGGCAGCCCACAGGGCCCAGGCUGCCUUGGCUGGGCGCUGUGUCCCCAGGAGGGUGAAGAACCCCGAGCCACCCUCGGGAUGUGAAGGCAGCAGGACGAACCAGGGGCGCUGCCGGGGCUGAGGCAGGCUGGGAGCGCUGUGUGCCCGGGCAUGGCCCUGACCCUACGGGCCGGCAUCUGCGUGUUCUAUGACCGGGGGCUGGCCCAGAUCCAUGUUUUGCAAGAAGAAGGGCAAGAAAAGAGUGCAGAAAGCAAGGCGACAGAGAAAGCACCAGACACGCUCCUGAUGGAGCCAGUCCCGAAUAAGGUGAAACAACUGAGCCCAUCUGAAGAGGCAGAAGGAAAGGAAGUUUUUUCUUCUGUUGGGGAAGCAAAGAGUCAGAGCUGCAAAGGGGGUGAUGAUUUGUCAGACUUACUCAAUGAAAGUAAAGAGCAGGAAUAUCCAACUGCAUCAGAACAAACAGAUGUAACAAAUCUCAAGAAUCUAAAAUCUGUGGCUCAUGCUCCACAUCAGGAAAAAGGAGAAAAAGAAUUUUUAAACUGUUUUUUCUGCACAUUCACCUCAGUCAAGUUAUCAGGUCUGAGGCAUCAUUUGAAAACCCGUUCAGAGGAGAAACGUCACGUGUGUCACCUCUGCCCGAAGGCCUUCCGUACAGCAACCCUGCUGCACAACCACGUGAACACACACACAGGGACCAAACCCCAUAAAUGCAGUGAGUGUGACACAGCCUUUGUGACCCGAGGGGAGCUUUCACGACACAGGAGGUACAAACACACUUUGGAGAAGCCUUUCAAGUGCACAAUUUGUGAAUACUCCAGUGUAGAAGCCUGCAAGAUGCGGCGCCACGUUCGCUCACACACGGGGGAGCGGCCCUACCCCUGUCCCCUGUGCAGCUAUGCAAGCAGAGAUGCCUACAAGCUGAAAAGGCACAUGUUAACCCACACAGGUGAAAAACGCUAUGAAUGUUACGUUUGCCAAGCCAGAUUCACUCAAAGUGGAACCAUGAAAAACCAUAUGUUACAGAAGCAUGGAGAAAAUGUGCCAAAACACCAAUGUCCACACUGUAGUACUUUCCUCUCCCGAAAAAGUGAUUUGGGUGUCCACCUGAGGAAUCUGCAUUCCUACGUGGAGGAGGCAGUGAAGUGCAGGGACUGUGGGGCAGCUUUCCACGAGCGCUACGCUUUCCUCCAGCACAGGAAGACUCACAGGGGUGAGAAAAGAUUCAGAUGUGCUCAGUGCAGCUGCACACAGGUAUUUCAGAUCCCCAAGAAAAUACUGCUCACUCUGGUGGUGGUGGUGAGUAAUAUGUGUAAGCAUGCUGAAAACUGUGGAUUGGUGAGGGCAAAAACUGCUACACCCAGAAAAAGAAGCAAAAGCAAAAAUAAAAUCCAUGAGAACCCGAAGCGUGCUAAGCCAGAAGUUGCCCUGAAAUCAUUCCAAGGUGACUCUGCUAUGAAAAAUGAACACUGUGCCAGUGAGAUUGUUCCUGUUUUAGCUGGGGCAGAAACAGCAAGAAACAACUCAUUAAAUGGAUCCUCAACAUGAUGGACAAAUAAUGCACAGAGACACUGGUCCUCCUUGUUCAAAAUGUGGAACUACCUCCAGUCAGAAGGGCAGAGAAGAUGCUGGUGGAAGCCCUUGGAGCCCUGUUGAAGCUCUUCUGUGCUCACCUUUCUUCUCACUGAAGUUUCUGCUGUGUAGCCUAAAUACCAUUGCAAAGUGGGAAAGUUAGAGGCAACUUUCACCUGGUUUAUUACAUACAUGAAAUAACAGAAUGGGGAAAAGCAGCUGAUUUCAGAGUCAUUUAGUGAAGAAUGGAUGCGUUGUUCCACCAAGCAUUCGGUUUUUCCCAGGUUUACUCACAGAACUGCAGACUGAUCUGAGGCAAAUCUAUCCCUCAGUACCACUGAGAGCUGCCUGAGUUUCAAUGUUUAUACUUUGCUGAGGUGAGCACAUCAAAGGCAAUGAUUUUUUAGUACAAGGUACAUUUACUGAAUCUCCUUUCUGCAAACACUUUCAUUUCUAAUCGAAUUCAUGAUGCAAGAGAAUGUAAGACACAAUUUUAUGGAAAAGCACUGGUUUUUGUGCCUCAUACUACUGAUCUUUUAGAUUUUUUCUUUAGUAGAUUUUAGAAAUUAAUCUUUUGUCUGAGUUUUUCUCAGCUCAGUUAGCAGGGCAGACAGAACUGCAUGACAAGAAUGAAGCAGGAAUAGAGUGGCAGAGAAAUGUGGAGAACCCCACAUUUUGGGAAUGUAGAACCUUCUGUGACCUUGAGCUGACUCUUUUUUGAAUUCAGGUGGGAUCUGUUUUCUUUAUCCCUCCUUCAACCAGCCUUGCACGUGCUGCCAUGUAAGUUUGUGAUCCUUCAUUUAGCACCAGAUCCAAACACACCCACGACUUUGAUUUUAAUUAGCUCUUCAAUAAAGCACAACUGUGUUAUUCAGGAAAGUUCAUGUUUAUGGUAUACUUAAAAAUCAGAAAAAAAUCAGCUGUCAAACACAAUUCUCUAACUUUCCUUAGGUUGUAAGAACUACUGGGUUUAACUCUUAAUAAUUACUACAGUCAUUGCAGUAAGUACUAUUAAUUUUUAUGAUUCAUUACAAUGAUCACAAUUGCCAUUUAUGCACUGUUCACACUUUUUUUUGUCAUUUAUAAAUAAUACUUGGAAGCCUCCUCAUAAAAUCUUAAAUACUUUUUAAAUAUUCAUCUUUAAUGUUGCUAUUCUUAUGUUACAUUUCAUUAUAAAUAAGCACCAGCAUAACUAACAAAUAUUAAUAAUACUAAGUCAUGUAACCACUAGAUUUAAUUGAAAUGCCAAACCCUCACCCCAAUUUCAAGAUUAACAUCUGUGUUAAUUAAAUUAACUUCAUUAUGGUGUGGAAUUUGACCAGUGUUAAAUGGUUUGGGUUUAUACCUUGGGCAGGCUGUGGUUGCUGGUUCUGCUGAUGUGGUCAGGGACAGGGAAUUCCUGUGCUGUGCACCCCAGGUGAGCUGCAGGCAGCUGCAGCUUCUAACUUUUUUUACUUUGAAUAGCCUGUUGAAAAUGAAGCUUUAAAUUUUUGCCAGUUAGUUAAUUAAUAUAACAUCUUCAUCCUGUUCCUGGUAACUGUCUACAUGCCUGUUCUAGGAUAACUUCUUUAAUUCAGCAGCUGUUCUGUGACCCACAGCAGGGCCAGGAGCUUUGAGCCACUGUCACUGCAGGGUAACUGCAGUGUCCCCUGUGCCUCUGUGCUCACUGUGAGCACAGGAGGAGGAUGUUGGCAUUAGCAGGAAAUAUUUGCACUCUUACAGAAAUAAUCCCAUUUAUAGAGACUGCACCAAAGGCCUCACCAAGGCCUUCAUCGAUCAUCUCAGUCAAACACACGAACAGGAAUUGCCACUUUAGUACCAGAAACCUCCUUCGGUUCUGUAGCAAACCCUGAGAAGUCAGAGGGCUUGAAUUCAUUGAAAUCCCUCAUUGGUUUUGUCCAUUACAGAGCUGUUUCUUCAGUGUUUGUAAAAGUUUCAUAUUGAUUGCUCUGUGUCUGUUUUGUGCUGGUAAAAUUUCAGUGAGUUCAUUUGUUCUUACCAGUGACAGGACUGAAGAAUACUUUUGUUCAUGAUAAUUGCUUGAAUAAUAUUGUUAACUUUAUUCUUGUUGCGCUGUUUCCAUUUGUGUUAUAAAUUCUAAGCAGCAGAUUGCUUUGUCAAAAUUAAUUUUAGAAGUUGUUUAAAUUCCUUGAUCAAUUUGCUGAAUAUAUAUUGUUCAUUUGAAUUGUUAAUAACAAAGCUGACUCAUUCUGUGCUGACAUCUGAAAAUCAGACUACAUAGAGUGGAAUGUGAAUGUAGUAAUAAAAGAUAUUUUUAUCUCUGAA